CAGUGAUUAUACUCCACGCAUUUAUAUUGGAGAACAGCUCUGUCCAUCAAAUACGAUAUGAAUGUUUUUCAGUAUGAGCUAAAAAAAGAGGUUCUGGAAAAAUGUCUACAGUGCCUGAUGGCAAGAAAUUGGUCCGAAGCCCAAGUGGACUUCGAAUGGUCCCGGAGAAUGGAGCGUUUAACAGCCCUUUUUCGUUAGAUGAACCCCAGUGGGUCCCGGACAAAGAGUGCCCAAGCUGUAUGCAGUGUGACAAGAAAUAUGACUUCCUUACAAGAAAGCACCACUGUCGGCGGUGUGGCCGGUGUUUCUGUGAUAAGUGCUGCAGUAAGAAGGUGGCUCUGCCCAGGAUGUGCUUCGUCGACCCAGUCCGGCAGUGUGGUGAGUGCAGCCUGGUCUCCCAGAAGGAAAUGGAGUUCUACGACAAACAGCUCAAAGUGCUUAUGGGAGGUGGUUCUUUUAUUGUCACUUUGGGCACCUCAAAGACGUCUGAGACCAUGAUGUGUCGUCUCUCCAACAACCACAGGUAUCUUUUCUUUGAUGGGGAGAGCCAUUUUGAGGUGGAACUGUCUCGGAUCUCCAGUAUGCAGGUGUUGACGGAGGAGUCCACUCCUGAAGAGAAUGACAUUCACACUUACACAAGUCUGCUGGACAGUCAGUAUAUCUCUGAAGGGGGAAACUCCAGGGCCAGUGGCAUGUUGCUCCACUACAAACCCACUGGCUCUCAGGACCCUCAGCAGUUACGCAUGGAGGCAGCAGACGACAAGAAGACUGCCUCCUCAUGGCUGGCUGCCAUGCACAAGGCUGCCAAACUGCUGUAUGAAGCUCGGGACCGGUGACUCAUUGCUAAGAUGCCCAGAGCCUGAGAGUGAUGGCACAGACCAAGUGUUUUCUUUCCUACCCUUCCGUCUCACAUUCUCUAAAUGCUGACAGUGCAUUUCAGUAACAAUCCAUUGAACUAUUUGGCCAACCACCCAUCUAAUGCUGCUAUUCUUAAUGUUAUCAUAGACAUAAGCCAUUUGGCAUAACUAUUUCCCUUCACGUAACGCUUUUAAGGUCAUUUUUUUAUGUGAUCUGUGACAUAGUUAAGUUUCUUUGUUCAUGCUGUCUAUACUCUACUUUCAGUGCUGGCAGAUUUGGAUCCUUACCCCUUCCUUAGGGAUCCACAGAUUAGUCACUGAUUCUAGUGGUAUAUACACACACACACGUAUGUGCACACCCCUUCAAAUAAGUGGAUUCGGCUAUUACGUCCACACCCAUUGCUGACCGGUGUAUAAAUUCGAGCGCACAGCCAUUCAAUCGCCAUAGACAAACAUUGCAGUAGAAUGGCUUUACUAAAGCCCAGUAACUUUCAACGUGGCACUGUCAUAGGAUUGCCACCUUUCCAACAAGUCAGUUCGUCAAAUUUCUGCCCUGCGAGAGCGGCCCCAGUCAACUGUAAGUGCUGUUGUGAAACGUCUAGGAGCAACAGCGGCUCAGCCACAAAGUGGUAGGCCACACAAGCUCACAGAACUGGACCGAUGAGUGCUGAAGCGCAUAAAAAUCAUCUGUCCUCUGUUGCAACAUUCACUAUCGAGUUCCAAACUGCCUCUGGAAGCAACGUCAGCACAACUGUUCGUCGGAAGCUUCAUGAAAUGGUUGUCCGAACAGAUCACCAUGCGCAAUGCCAAGCGUUGGCUGGAGUGGUGUAAAGUUUGCUACCAUUGAACUCUGGAGCAGUGGAAAGCGUUGUCUGGAAUGAUGAAUCACGCUUCACCAUCUGGCAGUCCGUUGGACGAAUCUGGGUUUGGCAAAUGCCAGGUGAUCUCUACCUUCCCCAAUACAUAGUGCCAACUGUGAAGUUUGGUUGAGGAGGAAUAAUGGUCUGGGGCUGUUUUUCAUGGUUCUGGCUAGGCCCCUUAGUUCCAGUGAAGGGAAAUCUUAACACGACAGCAUACAAGGACAUUCUAGACUAUUCUGUGCUUCCGACUUUGUGGCAACAGUUUGGAGAAGGCCCUUUCCUGUUUCAGCAUGACAAUGCCCUCAUGCACAAAGCGAGGUCCAUACAGAAAUGGUUUGUUGAGAUCGGUGUGGAAGAACUUGACUGACCUGCAGAGAGCCCUGACCUCAACCCCAUCAAACACCUUUGGGAUGAAUUGGAACGCCAACUGCGAGCCAGGCCAAAUCGGCGAACAUCCGUGCCUGACAUCGCUAAUGCUUGUGGCUAAAUGGAAGCGAGUUCCCCCAGCAAUGUUCCAACAUCUAGUUGAAAGCCUUCCCAGAAGAGUAGAGGCUGUUAUAGAAGCAAAGGGGGGACCAACUCCAUAUUAAUGCCUGAUUUUGGAAUGAGAUGUUCGACGAGCAGGUUUCCACAUAAGAGUGUGUGUGUGUGUGUGUGUGUACACAGUUUAUUAAAUUCUUUAAAUGUAGUCCCAUAGAAUUUUUGUAUAAACUAUUUUGUUAAAUAUUCCUAUUUUAACACAAUGCGGUGUAUCUACUUUUUACAGCUAAAAUAUUUAGUAUAGUUUUUGUAGCACUUGUAUAACAAAAAAUGUAUUCCUACACUACAAGAUGACUUAAACAUUUUGUUUUCAUGUUGGGUUGCUUUACUUUUUAUAAAUGAAUUGCACAGCCACAAUACCAACAAUCUAACCCUUAACCUAAGGGUACAAUAUGCUGUUUGAUGUAACACUUUUACUCUUCUGUUUUGUUAGCUUAUAUCCAACAUAUUAUGCUUCACAUACCAAAUAAAAUACUUAAGACAGA